AUGGCAUUGACAAUGCAGCGUCUAGCUGAAUUUCUACCAGUAGCGGGUGACUUUGAGAUGCAGAUUGCAGUCACGGAAUCCUUAGCAAGGAUGGUGACCAAAAGUGAACGGAAGAGAAGGUCUCCUGCAUGGUUUCCUUCAGGGACCAUCGGUGAAGCCUUUUUAGCCAUCGAUGACCAGCAGUUUGAUUCAGACUGCCGCAUAUUUCUGAACCUCUUGAAUAAAAGUUGCCUAGGUAGAAGUGUUUAUUCUUACUCAUGUAAGAAAGCAUUCUUGGGAGAUUAUGAGUUAAGGAACCCCAAUGAAGAUAAACUGAGUGAGUUCUGGGUAGACUUCAAUGCAGUCAGUCAGUCUAUCACCAUGUAUGUAGCUGAUGAAGACACAGGAUCAGAAGAGGAGGGUGGUUUGUGGGAAACGGUGACCUUCUCCAAAGAUAAAGUCAAGGAGUACCUCGUAAAUGAAGAUGAGAAAGGUCACAUGAACCUUGUCAUCAACCUAACGGAGCCUCCUUCAUCAAUCCUCGCUUCCUGUGGCAAGGACAGCAGAACGGCUACGAUCGUAUUCAAGCCCAGGACAGACCUGGCAGACGCCCUGGCUACCUCCAUCGGACUGGAGAAAAAUGCUGCUCCAGUCGAGCUUUACUGCAUGUUGUUUCUCUUCCACAGACACCAUCAUCAUCUCGUAGGAGCUCUGUGA